AUAGACGGUGUAAGUGCGUAGUGAAUGAACCUAUGAGGUUGUAAGUGCUACUUAGCCCCAUUCGUCUUCCUCUCUUUUGAACUAAUGCUGCAUCUUCAACUACCUCGAGCUCCAUUUGGAUGCCAGAUCUGCGCUAAAAUCCUCGAACCCUAGGAAUCCAUGGACAUCCUCAUCGCCCAAAUCCAAGCGGACCUCCGCUCGAACGACGCCCUCCGCCACCGCCUCGCCAAGCUCAUCGCCGACUCCAACAAGGAGAUCUCCAAGUGCUUCGACUCCCAAAGCGACAACCUCCGCUUCUCGAUCACCGAAACCCUAGGUUGCAUUCUCGCGCGAGAUGACCUCGUGCUUCUGUGUGAGAAUUCUGUCAGUCUGCUGGAUCGGGUUUCGAACUGGUGGGCAAGGAUUGGGAAUAACAUGCUGGAUAGAUCUGAUAUCGUGUCGAAGAUCGCGUUCGAGUCGAUCGGACGUCUGUUUCAGGAGUUUGAAUCGAAGAGGAUGAGUAGGUUGGCAGGGGAUAAGCUGAUCGAUAGUGAGAAUUCGCUUGCGAUUAGGUCAAAUUGGGUGGUGUCGGCGAUUGAUUUCGUUUGGAAGAAGAGGAAUGCUUUGAUGGCGAGAUCUUUGAUCCUGCCGGUUGAGAGCUUUAGGGUUACGGUUUUCCCGUUGGUUUAUGCUGCGAAAGCUAUGGCUUCAGGGUCGGUGGAGGUUUUUCGGAAGCUUUCGAAGGGUGGGAAGAGCAAUGUGGUGGAGAGUGUGGAGAGUGCUGAGAAGGUUGUUGGGGUUUCGGAUGUUGUGUCUCAUUUGUUGCCAUUUUUGAGCUCGUUGGAUCCGCCCUUGAUUUUUGAGGUGGGGAUUAAUAUGCUGUCUUUGGCUGAUGUGCCUGGUGGGAAACCGGAAUGGGCUUCAGCAUCCAUAAUUGCGAUUUUGACUCUUUGGGAUAGGCAGGAGUUUUCGUCUGCUAGGGAGAGUAUUGUUAGGGCUGUCGUCACAAACCUUCAUCUUCUUGAUCUACAUAUGCAGGUUCAAUUGUUUAAACGCCUCCUUGUUAUGGUGAGGAACUUGAGGGCUGAGUCAGACAGGAUGCAUGCUUUGGCUUGCAUUUGUCGUACAGCCCUUUGUGUUGAUCUUUUUGCUAAGGAAAGUGUUCGGAGAGGGCAAAAACCUCUUCCUGGGACAGAUAUUGCCUCUCUUUUUGAGGAUGUGAGAAUCAAGGAUGAUUUGAAUAGUGUAACAAGUAAAAGCCUGUUCAGAGAAGAACUGGUUGCUUCACUGGUAGAAAGUUGUUUCCAGUUAUCUUUGCCGCUGCCUGAACAAAAGACUUCUGGUACUGAGAGCAGAGUUAUUGGUGCUUUGGCUUACGGAACUGGUUAUGGUGCAUUAAACUGGACAGAACCAGCUCUGGAGGUUGUUGAAGUUUGUAAACCUUGUGUUAUUUGGGACUGUGAUGGGAGGACUUAUGCCAUAGACUGCUACCUAAAGUUGCUUGUGAGGCUUUGCCAUAUUUAUGAUACAAGGGGAGGUGUCAAAACGAUUAAAGAUGGGGCUUCUCAGGAUCAAAUUCUCAACGAGACAAGACUUCGGAAUUUACAACUACAACUGAUAAAAGAUCUUCGCGAGGUUCAUACACCAAGAAUAUGUGCACGCCUGAUAUGGGCUAUUGCUGAACACCUAGAUCUGGAAGGUCUGGAUCCUCUUCUAGCAGAUGACCCAGAGGAUCCAUUGAACAUUAUUGUUGCAAACAUACACAAAGUGUUGUUCAGCACCGAUUCAUCUGCAACAAGUUCAAACAGGCUUCAGGAUGUGCAAGCUGUACUACUAUGCGCUCAACGCGUCGGAUCACGAAACGCAAGAGCCGGCCAGCUUCUUAGUAAAGAACUUGAAGAUUUUCGUGGUAGUACCUCCGCUGAUUCUGUAAACAAGCAUCAAUGCCGUUAUAUUUUGCAGACAAUUAAGUAUGUCAUUAGUCACCCAGAUAACAGAUGGGCUGGCGUAAGUGAUACUACAGGAGACUACCCAUUCAGCCACCACAAGCUCACAGUUCAGUUUUUUGAAGCAUCUGCAGCACAGGAUAGAAAAUUGGAAGGAUUAGUUCACAAGGCCAUUCAAGAGCUUUGGAGGCCUGAUCCUAGUGAAUUAAACCUUCUCCUAACGCAAGGCACUGAUUCCACAUAUCUUAAAGUACCUCCCAAGGCAUUUACUCUCACUGGUAGUAGUGAUCCUUGUUAUGUUGAAGCAUAUCAUUUGGCAGAUUCAAUUGAUGGGAGAAUAACAAUGCAUUUAAAGAUUCUAAACUUGACUGAGUUAGAACUUAAUAGGGUGGAUAUCCGGGUUGGACUGACUGGAGCACUAUACUAUAUGGAUGGAUCUCCCCAAGCAGUUCGGCAAUUGCGACAUCUUGUCUCACAGGAUCCAGUCCUCAGCAGUGUAACUGUUGGAGUCUCACAUUUUGAGAGAUGUGCCCUUUGGGUUCAAGUGUUAUACUACCCGUUUUAUGGAAGUACUGCUGGAGAUUACGAAGGAGAUUAUGAAAGUGAAGAUCCUCAAAUCUUGCGACAGAAGAGAACCCUAAAGUCAGAGCUUGGAGAGCCAGUGAUCUUAAGGUGUCAACCUUAUAAGAUUCCACUGACUGACCUUCUCUUGCCUCAUAAAUGUUCGCCUGUUGAAUAUUUUCGACUGUGGCCAAGUCUACCAGCUAUCCUGGAGUACACUGGUACGUACACUUACGAAGGAAGUGGCUUUAAGGCUACCGCUGCACAACAAAGUGAGGCAUCCCCGUUUCUGAGUGGACUGAAAUCCCUUUCGUCGAAGCCUUUCCAUCCAGUUUGCUCACACAUAAUUCGUACAGUUGCAGGGUUUCAAUUAUGCUUCGCUGCUAAAACUUGGCACGGUGGCUUCUUGGGAAUGAUGGUCUUCGGCGCUAGUGAAGUAAGCAGAAAUGUGGACCUUGGAGAUGAAACCACCACCAUGAUGUGCAAAUUUGUUGUGCGCGCAUCUGACUCAUCAAUCAUAAAGGAAAUAGGGUCAGAUGUGCAAGGCUGGCUCGAUGACAUAACCGAUGGCGGAGUUGAAUACAUGCCUGAAGAUGAAGUGAAGUCUGCUGCUGCUGAAAGGCUGAAAAUUUCAAUGGAGAGAAUAGCUUUGCUUAAAGCAGCCAGGCCUAAACCUCAACCCCCAAAGAUAGAGGAAGAAGAAGAAAAUGAGGAAGAUAAGAAGAAAAAGGAGGAUGUUGAUGAAAAUGGAUUACCGAAAGGACCCUCCACGAUAUCGGCUCCUACUGCAGAAGAGGUAGAACACCGAGCUCUUCAGGCAGCCGUGAUUCAAGAGUGGCAUAUGUUGUGCAAGGAAAAAGCUGUUAAAGUUAACUAGUUUCGAGUUUUCUCGAUGUUUUUUGUUGAUGUACUUUUUGUAAUCUAUUCUUUUGUUGAUAAUGGGGUUUUUUUCCCAUACAGGUUUGAAAGUACUAGUUGUUUGUUGAGUUAUGAGAAUUUAGUGAUCAUUGUUUGAGAU